GCAGCAUAUGGGUAAAAAAUCUCAGCCGUCCAUAAAAGGGGCCCCACUAUUUAGAUGCGCUGGCAAAAAGAUUAGCCCAUAUCAAGCCAUCAGGUAGAAAGAUAAGUGGACUUGUUCAAAAGACUAGGAUGAACUUCUCAUUUAUUUUCAUUUAUUUUCUCUAAUUGACGUGGAUUGGAUCUCAGACAAGCAUGCCAUGUUGGUGCAUGUGGCGGCUUGCAUAGGAGCUGCCUUAUAUGCGUGUAUGGACUUUGCAAAACCAUACGCUCUAUAUGUUUAUAUUACUAUCUUUGGGCUGUUCUUAAGUUGUCUGAUUUCAUUCAAAUCAUUCUAUUCCUUGGUUCUUCAUUUGAACUCUCAACUUACUCGAAUUUGGGUCCGUCCUUGACAAUCUCAAAGAAGCUAAUAGCUACAAGAUCAGGUGUGUGGCACAUUCAAGUCAUCCAUUUGGUGGACCCCACCAUGUCGAUUGCCUAGACAAGGAAGGGGAGGUCCAAAUACCUGGCCCGAUGGCGAUGCAUGCGAACAGUUGCUGAGUCAGAAGCCACUAAUUUCAUGAAGUUUGAUACUGUAUAGAGAUGGCAGAAAUCAGAAGAGAUGCUGGGUGUGUGGCGAGAACUACCGGAGGAGGUAACAUUCCAGGGCUGGACAGUGACAAUGGUAGACUAGCAUCCAUUGAAGCUUUGGUGAGCUUGACCACCAUUCUUCUAACACUACUAGUACUCUUCGGACCAUACCGGCGUCGAUGCCGAAACCGGCUGCUCAGGGAAGCCAUGUGGACCAGUUUCACGAUUUCCUUCAGUAUAAUGUCCUACACUGUAGGACUCAUGCAGAACCUUCACUUCUGUAACAGGUUAUUCCCCAUUUGGGCAGUGUUCUUGUUCUACAUAUCCAUAUCAGCAUACAGUGUCGGAUACAAUGAAGAAACAAAGAGGAAGAAGUGGAGAGUGGUGGUUCAAUUGUUUUUAUUGGUGUGGCUGCUUAGAUCAUACACAGAAACAGCUAGUCUUUAUAUACCACUAGGGCUACUUUUGGUUAUCAGUAUGAUCAAGAUACGUGAAAGAACAAUCGCCUUCAGAAUAGCCAAACGAUCAUUUGGGCUAGAGUCAAAAAUCAAAUUGAUUGCUGAUUUCAUGAGCUAUGAGCACGAAUGGAGCAACGAAGACCAUCUCGAUCCCGUCAAGAUGAAAGGCUACCAUUAUAUAGUCACUGGAGAAGAUGAAACAGAACUAGAACCAAAACCUCCAUUGUAUCUAGUGCCGUUGAAGAAAGAUAGUCAUAAAGUCGUUACUACUCAAAUGGUUUGGGAAUGCGAUGGGGAACUCCUAAUCAAUGAUGAUUCGGACGGGAAAUUAAAGGAUUUAUGCCUCUCCUUUGCCCUAUUCAAGCUACUCAGGCGGCGAUUCGCAGGAUACCCGUUACAUGAGUGCCAGCAACAGAAGACUUGGCGCUUCGUCCAUGAUGGGCUCCUCUACGACCUCUCCGGCAACGAGUCUUAUGAAAGAGCCUUUAGAGUUAUCAAAGUAGAGCUAGCAUUUCUUUUUGAUUUCUUGUAUACAAAGUACCAUGUGAUCUUCACUGCCAGCAUCCCCAAACGGAAGAUCAUAGAAUUUCUUGUAAUCAUCGUUUGUUGCGGGAUGGUCGCAUUUGAACUUAAUGGCUACCACGCACCCAUCGGCUCCAUCAACCUCGGCGACGUUGAUGUUCUCCUCACCUGUCUAGUUGUAAUUGCCAUCCUCAUGUUGGAGCUCUUUGAAUGGGUCACCAUUGUGUUUUCAGAUUGGAUGAAGGUACUGCUGAUUAGUAAGUAUGUCAAGAAACAAUCUUGGAGGCAAAAUCGACCACUCAAAAAGAUUAUCGAAUUCAUAUGCCGUCGGAAACUCUUGAAACGCUGGGAGAAGAAGAUGGGCCAAUAUUCUCUUCUUCAAUCAUAUGACUAUAACCCUCCAAGGUGGUUAUACAUGGUAGACCUAAUAACUCUAGGUUCCAUUGAUUUGCCUAAAGAAGGACAAAGAGAGGACACACCAGUGAAAGUUGCAAAACAAGUGAAGAAAGCUAUCCUCCAGUUGCUAAAAACCAACAACGGUGGUGGAUUUUCAAAUGGGAGUUCUUCCUUGGUUAGGAAUGAACGCCGUGAUCUCUUGUGGGCAUGCCACCUUGAAACACACACACACACCAUUUUGGUAUGGCACAUUGCCACUAGCAUCUGUGAGAAUCAAUGGAAUUUUGGCGAUGCCAUAGAUAUCCUUGUGGCCACCACAUUAUCAAAAUACUGUGCCUACCUAGUCGCAUUUGUUCCGGCAUUGCUGCCUAAUCAUGCAUACGCCACAGAAAGCAUUUUCGACGCUGUGGUUGAUGAAGCCAGAAUAAUGUUGAAAGGGUGGAAGUCUCUGGAAGAAAGGUGUGAUGAGUUAAUGGGAAGGCAUGAAACUGAAAUGGGAAAUAGGGUUGGAGAUGAGAGGCCUGAAACUAUAAUGAGAAGGGGAAUUAGAGUUUGGAAGCGACUGUUAGGGAUAAGAGAAGAUGAACAACAACCAGGGCCUGAUACUGUAAUAGCAAAGGGAGCUAAGCUUGCUAAGCAACUGUUAGAGACACGACUUCAUUUUAAAUGGAAGAUAUUGGCGGAUUUUUGGGUGGAGCUGAUGCUGUUCAUCGCACCGUCUGAUAACGCAGAGGCCCAUGUGGAAAAUCUAGCGAAUGGUGGAGAAUUCAUCACACACUUGUGGGCUUUGCUUUCUCACGCAGGCAUCAUCGAUCGGUCUACAUCUCCUCAGUAUGCACAUCCAUGAGUAACUGUACUGGAAUAAUCUGCAACACCUGUUUUACACGCUGCUUUAAACAGCCAAGCUCUGCUGGGUCUACCAUUUUGUAUAUGUAAAAUCAAGUCCGUCCAUCAGGUAAGAACCAUUGUUUGGAUGGUACAUACGUACAACAUGGUGGGCCUCAUGGACUUGGCUGUAGGAGUUGGACAAGUUCAACAACAGGCAUGGUCGGAUCUGAUCCAGUUCGAUAUUAUGAGUCACCCCAAGUCGGACGAGUCGCUGCUCGACUCAGGUCUUGCCGAGUCUUUUAACAGCCGUUCCUUCUUAGAAUAAGGAUGUUCUAUGAGGACCUGUAGAAACGGCAUCAACAUGCUUUAUAAUAAUUUAUUUACAUUUCCAUACCUAAUUAAA